AUGACACGCACCAACGCCCUCCGCAAGGACUUUAUUUGGGGUUUCGCAACCGCCGCAGCUCAGAUCGAAGGCGGCGGCGAGGACAAGGAGAAGGCCAGUGGGCGCGGCCCCAGCAUCUGGGACUACUUCUGCGACAAGCCGGGCAAGAUUGCCGACGGGUCCAAGGUCAACGAUACCUGCGACUUCUACACCCAUUGGAAGGAGGACCUUGCUAUGAUGAAGAACCUGGGAGCGAAUUCGUACCGGUUCUCAAUCUCUUGGCCGCGCGUCAUUCCCCUCGGCGGAAAAGAUGACCCGGUCAACGAACAGGGACUUCAGUUCUACUCGGACGUCAUUGAUGAAUGUCUCCGUCUCGGCAUGACCCCCUUUGUCACACUGUACCACUGGGACCUCCCGCUCGAGCUGUACAAGCGCUAUGGCGGAUGGCUGAACAAGGAGCGUAGCACUGAGGAUUUUGUCCGCUACGCCCGCCUUGCUUUUGAGCGGUAUGGCGACCGCGUCAAGGACUGGAUCACGUUUAAUGAGCCGUGGGUCAUCGCGGCGCUUGGUCACUCUGCGGGAGCUUUUGCGCCGGGACAUAUCUCCAACACGGAACCAUGGAUCGUCGGACACAGCUUGCUGGUCGCGCACGCCCACGCCGCCAAAGUCUACCACGACGAGUUUGCGCAGGACGGCGGCGUUAUUGGAAUCACCCUCAAUGGCGACUGGGCUGAGCCGUACGACUCGUCUCCGGAGAACAUCAAGGCCGCGCAGGAUAAGAUGGACGCGGCGGUUGGAUGGUUUGCCGACCCGGUUUAUCUCGGCACAUAUCCCGAAUCACUCAAGGUUAUGUUGCAGGACCGCCUGCCCGAGUUCACGCCCGAGGAGAUUGCGCUCCUCAAAGACUCGUCGGACUUUUACGGGUGCAACUUCUACACCACCAACAUGAUCAAAGCCGGCGCCGAUGACGAAGUAAACGGCAACACCCACCUCCUCUUCACCCGUCCCGAUGGCACUUAUCUCGGUCCGGAAUCCCAGAUGGGCUGGCUCCGCGACGUGCCGUGGGGAUUCCGCAAACACUUGAACUACCUGUACAAGCGGUACGGCAAGCCAAUCUACAUUACCGAGAACGGGUAUGCCGUCAAGGGGGAGAAUGACAUGUCUCCGCAGGACGCGAUCAACGACACGGACCGGGUGAAUUACUUUGAGGGGUAUUUGGGAGCUGUAAGGGACGCGAUUGGGGAUGGGGUCGACAUCCGCUCGUACUUUGCCUGGUCGUGCUACGACAACUUUGAGUGGGCCAGCGGGUUUACUCCGCGAUUCGGGUGUGUGCGGAUAGACUACGAGACCAAGAAGCGGACAGUUAAGGACUCGGGGCGGUUCCUGGGCCAGUGGUUUGAGGAGAAUAUCAGUGUGUAG